AUGGUUAGAAUGCUAUUCUCUGUAGUUUCUCAAUCCGGUAGAGGGAUUAUUUUGCAGGCCAUUUCGUGCAUUUUCAGUGUUUCACGAUCUGUAUGUAGCCGACCCCCAGGGGUUGGCGGUGAAAUUGAUAACGGUUGUGGAACUUUUGAGGAUUAUUUGAAUGAUUCUUGGAAAAGUGCCGAUUUCGAUGGCAGAAGCUGGGAGGAAAGGGAGAAACCAGCUCCUUCCCUUGAAUUCACCGAAGGCCAUUUUGGACUAAAUAAUUCGAUUAGGAGUAGUUUUAUGGAAAAUGUGAGGAAUGAUGCUAAGAGUAUCCUUGAAAUUCUUUGGCAAGAUGGCCCAGGUUUUGAUGCUAGGGCGGCUUUAGAUGGUCUAGAGGUUCGGCUUUCAGGUCUUCUUGUCAGGCAGGUUCUCUUAGGAAUUUUGACAAACAUGAGUGACUCAGAUAAAACUCGAAGUGCUAGGUUGGGUUAUAAGUUUUUUGUGUGGUCUGGUCAACGAGAAAAUUAUAGGCAUACAACAAACGCAUACCAUCUGAUAAUGGAGGUUUUUGCCGAGGCUGAGGAAUUUAAAGCUAUGUGGAGGCUACUUGAGGACAUGAUUGAUAAGGGGUAUCCAACAUCUGCAAGAACGUUUAAUAUAUUGAUCUGUACUUGUGGCGAGGCAGGACUUGCGAGGAAGGUUGUUGAGAGAUUCAUAAAAACAAAGACGUUUAAUUUUAGGCCUUUCAAACAUUGUUUUAAUGCAAUUCUGCAUUCACUAAUUACAAUAAGGCAGUACAAGUUGAUAGAGUGGGUAUACGAGCAAAUGUUGGUUGAAGGUCAUUCUCCAGAUGUUUUAACUUAUAACAUCGUUUUGUGCUCGAAGUAUAGACUGGGGAAGCUUGAUCAGUUUCAGAAGUUACUUGAUGAAAUGGAUAAGAAUGGUUUUCCACCCGAUUUACAUACUUACAACCUCCUUCUGCAUGUCCUUGGCAGAGGUGGUAAACCACUAUCUGCACUCAAGCUCUUAAACCACAUGAAGGAUGUGGGUUGUCAACCAACUGUUCUUCAUUUCACCACAUUAAUUGAUGGGCUAAGUCGAGCGGGUAAUAUGGAUGCCUGUAAGCACUUUUUCGACGAGAUGAUUAAACAAGGAUGCAUGCCUGAUGUCGUUUCUUACACCGUCAUGAUAACAGGAUACGUCGUUGCUGGAGAAUUUGAUACGGCUCAAGAAUUGUUUGAUGAAAUGAUCCGCAGGGGACAGCUGCCCAAUGUUUUCACUUACAAUUCGAUGAUUCGGGGCCUUUGUAUGGCUGGUAAGUUUGAAGAAGCUUGCUUGAUGCUAAGAGAAAUGGACUCUAGAGGUUGUAAUCCAAAUUUUUUGGUGUAUAGUACCCUAGUGGGUUACUUGAGAAAUGCUGGAAAGCUUUCCAAAGCCCAUUCAGUAAUAAAUAUAAUGGUAGAAAAAGGGCACUAUGUACAUCUACUUUCAAAAAUGAGAAGAUAUAGGAGGUGCUAA